UGCAAAUCUCCAAUUGAGAUGCAAUAUUUAAGUGAAUAAUGGUUAAAGAGACAUGCCCACACGUUGCUCUGUUGCAUUGCAUGCCUCUGCGUAGUGCAAUCUCAGGGGAAACACAAAAUUGGGAAUUAGGGACUAAACAUAGCUUGUCUACCCACUCGUGGAGUUCAUAGUGCAUGUCCUACCGCCCCUAAGACAGCGCGUAUCGACUUCUCCACUAAUGUCCCCUGUUUUCAAAAAUGGCCAUUUUUGCAGGCACUGCCCUACAAUUACUUGGCAAUAAGGGCAUCCUCACUCCUCUGUAAGGAACUUAGAGCGUGCUCCACACAACCAUUACAGACAACUGGGUGUCUGGGUGUGGCUACCCUGCCCUGUUUUCUCUUUUCCUUUUAAUUGUGACGGGAACAAAGACUACAGUUGUAGUUUCUGUUCUCUCUCUCCGCCUAGUUGCCGAGUUUCUGUAGAGAAUGGAAGGUGGACUACCCAUGCUUAAUUGUCUCCUGCAGCACACCCUCAGAAGCCUAUGUUCAUGCUCAGAUUCUUCCAAUUCAUCGAAGUGGGUGUACGCUGUUUUCUGGAGGAUCUUGCCUCGCAACUACCCUCCACCCAAGUGGGAUUACGGAGGAGGCGCUCUUGAUCGCUCCAAGGGAAACAAAAGGAAUUGGAUUCUUGUUUGGGAAGAUGGGUUCUGUGACUUCGAGGAGUGCGAACGAGCAGGGAGCGGAUAUAUGAAGAGGUUCGGAGCUGAUGUCUUCUUCAAAAUGUCCCAUGAAGUCUACAAUUAUGGAGAAGGACUAGUGGGGAAAAUUGCAGCAGAAAACAGUCACAAAUGGGUGUUCAGAGAUGGCCCAAGUGAGCAAGACCCCGGACUCAUUUCAUCAUGGAAUGCAUCAAUCGAUCCCCAGCCCAGGGCAUGGGAUUUUCAGUUCAAUUCAGGCAUUCAGACAAUCGCCAUCAUUUCUGUAAGAGAAGGCGUCAUCCAACUGGGUUCAUUCGAUAAGAUAUUGGAAGACCUCAACCAGGUGAUCAGCAUUCAGAGGAAAUUCGGGUACAUCCAGAGCAUACCAGGCAUCUUCGCGCUACAGAGACCGUAUUUACCAAUCAUUCAACUCCCAAACACCCACAAACCCCAGACGAUCGACGGCCAUGAAACGGCGUUCUCCGCCGACGAUAAGCGCCGAUUAACCGGCGUGAAGAGACUGUACGGUGCCGAAAUAGCUGGCAAGUCCCCCACCAAUAAAUCCAUCAACUUGGGCUGGAACAGCCCACAAGACGGCGCCGCGGGACCAUCCAUGUGGUCGAUCCCACCCCUUUUGCCCACCAUGUCUUGCGGUUUCGGCGCUCUUUUAUCGCAAUUUCCUUCGGUGAUCCCAUCCUAUAACGUCAUUGAUGCUCCUGACACAGCUCUGGUCAGCAACAACAACAGCAAUAUCAGCGUCAACUGCGCAACGGAAGGGGGAACGGUCGAUCCCGCCGGUGGGAUCGCGGAGAUAAAGGUGGAAUCGUCUUCUCUUGCAGAUGUAGACGACGAUCGAGAUGAGAAACCCAGCACCAUAAAGCCUAAUUUGGGGUUGGAAGAUGAGGGUGCUGUGGAGUUGGGGUUUUGGAGCCCUGAGGGAGGGACAGAGACGCAGAGCCCUCUAAAUCUUAAUUAAUUAAUUUUGAACACUCAAAUUGUGUUUGUCUAUUGUUAAAUGUUAAUGGUUCUCAAUAAUUUUUGGACACAUUUCAAAGAAUGGAAUGGGUAAAAACCGAUAACCUAUUUAA